AUGUCACUCAAUUACACAUCACAAAUUACAGGAGAUUCACUGGGAGCGAGCAUAUCGAUUGUCUCGACCCCGUAUGCUAUAAGUUUCAUUACUGUCAUUCUCGGUCUAGCUUGGGUGUCAUGGACGCAAUGGUGGAGGAAGCCAAAACUCAUUCCCGGUAUUCACGUGGUCGGAGGUGAUAGCCGGCGAGAAAUCAUGGCAAGUCGCGAAAGGUUCAGAGUUGCCUCUAGACAGAUGGUACUCAGUGGAUAUGAAGAGACUGGGGGAAAAGACUUCUAUUAUGUACCAUCUCGCGCAGGUGAACGUCUCGUCAUGCCAACCCAUUUCAUAGAGGAGCUCAAAUCGGCUGCGAUACAAGCAGUCGACUUCACCGGCAUUAUGAUAGAUCUCAUGGAAGGGCGGUACACUGGCCUAGUUGACAGGAGCAGAUUGACCCCAGAUACGCUGAAGUUAGGAGUAUCCCCAAAAUUGGGAUCUAUGUUGCCAGAUAUCCAAGAGGAAAUUGAAGCCGCCUUUCAUGACUUGUUCCCUUCUUGCGAUGACUGGACUGAGAUUGAAAUUUUACCCCUUUUCGCGACCAUCGUAGGUCGAGCUACAUCUCGUAUGAUGGGAGGCAAGACUUUGAGCAGAGAUUCCGAAUGGAUCAACACAGCAGUCAACUUUACCCAUUGCUCCGUUAAUGGAGCUCAGAAAAUCAAAUCUCUCCCGUCCCUCAUCAGGCCGAUACUGGCACCCUGGAUCAAAGAGAUUAGAAAAGAUGUAAACGGGGCCUACCGGACCAGCGAGCUCUAUGCGAAAAAGAUUAUAGAGCAGCGUUUAAAAGAUGGCGAAUGGCCUGACGACCUUAUAACUCUACUUUACGACAGAGCUAAGCCCAAAGAAAAAGAGUACAAGUUUAUGGCCAAGAUGCUACUCCAGACAGCUUUUGCUUCUAUACAUACGAGUACAGCUGCAAUGCUUCAUUUCAUCAUGGACCUCUGCGAACAUCCGGAGUAUAUCGACAUACUUCGUGACGAGUACAGGGAGUUGAUGGAUGAUAAAGGAUACAUUGUUCCAGGAGGCAUGCUUCGGUUGUCUAAGCUAGACAGCUGUAUGAAAGAAUCGCAAAGACAUUGGCCGGGGACAAUUCUUACCUUUGAGAGAAUUAUGCACAAAGAUAGAACCCUAUCCAAUGGCAUGACAGUCCCCGCUGGGCAUCGUAUCGCAGUUUGUAACGCCGGUGUCAACAUGGAUCCAAAUAUCUUCCCAGAACCAGAGAAAUUUGACGGACUGCGUUUCCAUAGACAACGCCAACAGGAUCCCUCUGUUGCAGGGAAGACCCAGUUUGUAUCAUGUAAUCAAACAAGUCUGAAUUUUGGUUAUGGGAGGCAUGCAUGCCCUGGCCGCUUUUUUCUCGCUGAUGAAUAUAAAAUCAUCAUUGUUCGUCUAUUGGAAAACUACGAGUUCAAAUAUCCUGAGGGAAAAGGCAGACCCCCAACACUUGAAUGGGAGACGCAGUAUGUCGUCAAUCCCGCAGCGAAAGUGAUGUUCAGGAAACUGAAGACUGCUUGAGUCCCGUGACACUUGGAUCACUCGGCCCGAGGGAGGCAGAC